AUGGUCGUGCGGGGCCGAUGCAACGACAACUGCGCAGGAGUCCAGCGAGUCCGUGACAAGCAGCAGUGCGAUGAGAUAACAGGGCAGGAGUGCUUAGGCAGGCAGGUUACUAUUGUGACAUGCUCUUUUAUUCUUCAGAAUAAUUCAGUGCCUCAAGAGCAAAGAGCAACUGCAAAUGGCUUAGCAACUACGUUAAUGUCCUUUUUCAAGGCAUUUGCCCCAGCAGGAGCUGGUAUUGUAUUUUCAUGGGCACAAAAACGCCAACAUGCUUUCCUCUUUCCAGGUGAUCAGAUGGUGUUCUUCCUUCUGGACAUUGUCAUCUUUGUUGAGCUCAUUUGGACAUUCAAGCCAUUUCUAGCCAUUCCAGAGCAAACCUCCUGA